AUGACGAGUAAUAAUCAGCGGCUACGCUCUUCCUCGGUCUCUUUCGGAAUCGGAUCGGUUGUGCGACCACGCUUCGGCGGGACCAGCCCCAAUAGUAAUGUUGUGCACCCCCGCCGUCACUCAUCGUCCCCGCGAAUUUUGUCGCCCUGGCGGCGAGCCAAUAGCGUUAUGGAUAGAAUCAUGAAUCCAUUCCUAGACCGCGAGUCUCCCUCACAUUGGCAUCAUUAUCAGCCAGUACAGACUCUACCAAAGCCGCACGUUCCCUCCAAUGUAGUUCCUUCGAUAGGUUUACCUCGGUUGGUGACCACUGAGAAGGCACAACCAACAUACAGGAAAGCACUCGCUUUUAAUGGCGGACUGCACUCGACCUAUGUAGCUAACUACCCAAGAGGGCUACAUGGCUUGUUCGUGCUGGUGCAAAGUCCACUGCUACUGAUUACUAUUGGCAUCUUUGCAGGAAGCAUCGGGCUAGCGAUUGACAUGUGGAGUAUCGAGAUCGCGCGAUAUCAUAAAUGGGUGGGCAGCCAAGCUUUUGGGCUGUUUGCGGCGUCAGCUUUGCUUGCUGGGGGUCUCUCGGCGCUUCUGACCCAUUGUGUGUGUCCACAAGCCGCAGGAUCAGGUCUACCAUUCAUGAAAGUGGCCAUUUCGGGCAUCGAGAUGAGUCCCUACCUGUCCUUUCGAUGUGUUGCUACAAAGAUAGGUGGGUUGAUGGCUGCAUUGGGUGCAGGACUCUCAAUUGGUAAAGAGGGCCCAUUCAUCAUGAUUUCGUGUGGGUUUGCCAGUGUGCUGAUGAAUUGGCGCCCGUUCCGCCGCAUUCGCGAUGACGAUACAAAGCGCUUGGAGAUGUUGGCAUGUGCGUGUGCUGCUGGCGUUUCUGCUACGUUUGGCUCCCCCUUUGGAGGCGUGCUUUUUGGAGUUGAGGUAACGUCGCACUUUUAUCUUGUUCGGACACUGCCUCGUUCAUUUUUCGCAGCUAUCGUAGGCGCGUUACUAGUGGACUUUGGUGGUGCCAACACACGACAUGGACUCUUUGGCAACCGAAGCAUGGGAAUUUUCUUCGAUACUGACGAUGUAAAUGGAAGCAGUGGGCCCUCUUUUGCUGACCUGUGCGUUUUUGCGCUCAUGGGUAUAGUUUGCGGUCUUGGCGGUGCUCUUUUCAACCACUCCUUGUCCAUAUUGGUGCGUGCUCGUGAUCACUUUUUCCAGCCCUCGGUGUCAAAUUCACCUCGUGCAACUUGGUGGAAUGCUGUUGGAAAGCGAGUGGGACUUGUGUUAGCUGUAACCUUGCUCUCUUGUUGGCUCGAGUUUUAUGGAGACCGUGCAUGGUUUCUGCGGCACGGCUCUCCUCGCCGGAUUCUUGACGCGCUUUUCUCAAAAGACAAGCAAAUUUUUGCCGACGACCGUGCUCGAGAAAGUACUGAAGCGGACAGUUUGCUGCUUUCAAGAUCGUUGCUGACGUUUCUUCCGCUUAAGUAUGUGCUGACGCUUAUAAGCAUUGUGCUACCUGUGCCAGCUGGUUUAUUCACCCCCACUUUCGUCAUUGGUGGCAUCUUUGGCCGACUUGUUGGUGAAGCCGUACGAGCUUUUGAUCUCAUGAGUACCAACUAUGCGCCUUUUGAGUUUGCAGUGAUUGGUGCUGGGGCUUUCUCUUCCGGUGUGACGCAUGCUGUUUCUACCGCUGUUAUUAUCAUGGAGAUUUCACACACCGACGGCCUCAACCUACCUGUGUCUGUGGCGAUUCUAGCAGCGUACUUUACGGCCAAGAGAUUUACCAAAAGCGCUUACGAUAUCCUCAUUGUAACGAGUAAUUUGCCUCGACUGAAAAAGCUGCCAAAGGCUGCUUAUGACAUUCCAGCUUGGGAGGUGAUGAAGGACGUGGCUGAAAUAGGAGUGCUUACUGCUGACUCGACUUAUGAAGACGCAUUUAUACUGCUACAGCGCUCCGACAUGGAGCCUGUAUUUCCGAUUGUAGACUCGCUCAAUAAUCGCUUCCUCUUGGCUACAGUCACUCGUUCUCGUCUUUCCUACGCUGUUUCGCGUUGCCAAGGCCAUAUCCCGUUCAAGCCUGUAGAUCUGAGGCAACCGUCACACGUGGAAGCCACAGCAACAGCUGCAACUUCGCUGCUUUUCCCAACCACACCUUUAUCAACUACUCCUACCAUUAUAAGGACAACUGGCUACAAUUCUAGCUCUUGCGCUUCAAUUCCAGUAAGUGUUCGAGGAUCGUAUGGGUCCAUGGAUUCAACAUCUCACGGUGAUGAAAGUGACGAGUUCGAUGAUGACGAAGCAGAGGAUGGUUUUGUUGAGUUUCCGACGCAGUUACUACAAUCACCCAUUGAUUUUGCCUUCAGACGUGGUGGUAAGGUCAUGAAUUGGGUAACAAAUGAAGUAUGUGAUCCGUCCAAGUUGACGGUACUAAUUGAUCCAUCACCUUUUCAACUCAUGGAGAUGACACCAAUGCGUCGCGUGGAUAUGCUUUUUCGUAUGCUCAAAUUUAAUAAUGUGUUUAUUACACGAUCGGGUAAACUCAUGGGUGUCAUUAGUCUAGAGCGUAUGAUGACGUUCUUGGGUACAACAACACCAUAUCAGGCACCAGGGCUUUUACGUACACUUCAGAACUUUUGUUCGAUUGCCAAGUAA